CCCCCUCCCACUUACUCGAUAAGCUCAUAAUGCAAAAGACGCUUAGAUUGUUUAUUACUGCAGAGCGAGAAAACCGCAGAGUGAUGGCGUCGGCAACAGCAAACGUUUCUCAAGAAGAGAAGCAGCAAGCAGUGGAACAACUGUUCUGCCGAGCUACUACCGCACCUGGAUUUCACGGCCAGUUGAUAUUUCUUUCAGUUUUAAACUCUGUUUUGUCUAUUACAGCAUUUCUUGAAAAUGCUAUGAUUCUAGUCGCUCUUCGCAAGGAGUCUUCACUUUAUCCGCCGUCCAAACUCUUGCUUUGCUGCCUGGCAACAACUGAUCUUUGUGUUGGACUUAUUUCAGAACCUCUCUAUGUCACUGAGCUGUUGACUGUAGUAAAUGAACGUUGGAAUAUUUGUCGUUAUGUAUCAGCAGCCGUUUUUAUCUCAGGUAUUACUUUGUCUGGGUUGUCUCUGGCGAUACUGACUACAAUAAGCGUGGACAGACUUCUCGCCCUGUUGUUGGGACUGAGAUACAGACAAGUUGUAACUUUAAAGCGAACGUACACGACCGUUAUUACUUGUGGACUCGUGUCCGCCGCCUUUUCAACAACGUACUUUUGGAAUUCCCUCAUAAUUUUGUGGUCAAUCGUGAUAGUUAUAUCACUUUGUUUAGCAACCUCAAUCUUCGCUUACACGAAGAUUUUCCUAACCCUUCGUCGUCAUCAAACUCACGUGCAAGACCAAACUCAACAACCGAACCAAACAAGUCCACUGAACAUAGCGCGAUACAAAAAGGCAGUGUCCAGUGCAAUAUGGUUACAAUUGACAAUGGUCGCUUGUUAUUUGCCUCGUGGUAUAGUGGCGGCUUUGUCGACUAAUAAUGAACUAUUUUCAUCCGUGUUUCUCGCUAGAGAAUAUACAGUCACUUUAGUUUUCUUAAACUCAUCAGUAAACCCGAUUUUUUACUGCUGGAAGAUAGAAGAAGUAAGACAAGCAGUAAGGGACACAAUCAGACAGGUGUUUUGCUGUUCAUCGUGUUAGCUCUUGUCGCCAGUUGUCUAUCAUCUCUUAUCUUUCCAGGAAAAGAUGAAAACGAUGUAUCGCUAAAGGAAAACGGUCUAAACGAUUUCGUCAAAGGUGUUUCGAUACUAUAUUGAAUUAAGAGUAGAGAAUAUCUGUAUUGCUUGUUGCAUUUAUAACAAUAACAACUUCAUUGUUAAAUGGAAAUUAGAAUUUUGUUUUGCAGACUUGCAUAAUAAAUAUAAUUAAUGUCAAUUCGAGUUGUUUUAAAAUUACGUGAACAAUCUAUUCUUGUCAUGAGCGGGUUAACUAGUCGGGAUCUCAGUUCACACUAAAGCGAUGUUUCUUUCUCUUUAAACGCAGGCAGGAAGCGCAGAGAUCCGAGAGAGAUCUUGUACCUCGGUGUAGAACGAACGAGAUUUUCAGUGAUCAAGGAAAUAAUUUGAUAGCCUCGUGCACUGCGGAAGUGUGCAGUCGCCGGAGUGCUCUUACGACAUAACAGAAUAGCUGCGACAUAAUUCUAGGACUAACUG